GCGGCCCCGGUGCGCGCGGCCGGCGAGCGCGAAAGGUCACCAGCCAUAUAAUGGAUUUGAUAGGUCAGAUUGCUUUUUUCUGGAUGUCAUGGUAACAACACAGGAAGUAUGUGUAACUUCUCACUGCUGUUAGUAGUCAUCACCACCAAAGAAAGACGUUUUUUAUGCUGCAGCAGAAUUCAUUUUGGUACCUUUGAUGGACAUCCUGGUUUUGCUUCUAGCUCUUAAAGGUAUGAACAAGCCAGGAGCUCAUCUUGCUAGGCAAGCGCCCCUGAAUGAGAAUGCCUAGAAGAGGGCUGACUCUUCACGCCCGGACCCACUGGCUGCUGCUGGGCCUCGCGCUGCUCUGCAGCUUGGUGCUGUUCAUGUACCUUCUGGAAUGUGCCCCCCAGACCGAUGGCAACGCGUCUCUUCCUGGUGUUGCUGGAGACAGUUACAGUAAAGAGUAUUACCAAGCCCUCCUCCAAGAGCAAGAAGAACAUUAUCAAACCAGGGCAGCCAGUCUGAAACGCCAGAUCGCCCAGCUAAAACAAGAAUUACAAGAAAUGAGUGAAAAGAUGAGAUCGUUGCAAGAAAAAAAGAACGGAGGGUCUAAUGGCGUAGGCUAUCAAGGCAACAAAGAGCAAGCACCUAGUGAUAUUUUAGAGUUCCUUCAUUCCCAAAUUGACAAAGCUGAAGUUAGCAUAGGAGCCAAACUACCCAGUGAGUAUGGGGUCAUUCCCUUUGAAAGUUUUACCUUAAUGAAAGUAUUUCAGUUGGAAAUGGGUCUCACUCGACAUCCUGAAGAAAAGCCAGUUAGAAAAGACAAACGAGAUGAACUGGUCGAAGUUAUUGAAGCCGGCUUGGAGGUCAUUAAUAAUCCUGAUGAAGAUGACCAGGAAGAUGAGGAAGGUCCCCUUGGAGAGAAACUGUUAUUUAAUGAAAAUGACUUCAUAGAAGGUUACUAUCGCACCGAGAGAGAUAAGGGCACACAGUAUGAACUCUUCUUUAAGACAGCAGACCUAAUGGAGUACAGACACGUGACCCUCUUCCGCCCUUUUGGACCGCUCAUGAAAGUGAAGAGUGAGAUGAUUGACAUUACCAGAUCCGUUAUAAAUAUCAUUGUGCCCCUUGCUGAGAGAACUGAAGCAUUUGCACAGUUUAUGCAGAACUUCAGGGAUGUUUGCAUUCAUCAGGACAAGAGGAUUCAUCUCACUGUAGUGUACUUUGGUCAAGAAGGACUGUCUGAAGUCAAGUCUAUCCUAGAAUCUGUUACAAGUGAGUCUAAUUUUCACAAUUACACCUUGGUCUCGUUGAAUGAAGAAUUUAACCGUGGACGAGGACUAAAUGUGGGUGCCCGAGCAUGGGACAAAGGCGAGGUCUUGAUGUUUUUCUGUGAUGUUGAUAUCUACUUCUCAGCCGAAUUCCUUAACAGCUGCCGGUUAAAUGCUGAACCAGGUAAGAAGGUAUUUUACCCUGUGGUGUUCAGUCUUUACAAUCCUGCCAUCGUCUAUGCCAACCAAGAUGUGCCACCACCCGUGGAGCAGCAGCUGGUUCAUAAAAAGGAUUCUGGCUUUUGGCGAGAUUUUGGCUUUGGAAUGACUUGUCAGUAUCGAUCAGAUUUCCUGACCAUUGGUGGAUUUGACAUGGAAGUAAAAGGCUGGGGUGGAGAAGAUGUUCAUCUUUACCGAAAAUACUUACACGGGGACCUAAUCGUUGUUCGGACUCCAGUGCCUGGUCUCUUCCACCUCUGGCACGAAAAACGCUGUGCCGAUGAGCUGACGCCCGAGCAGUACCGCAUGUGCAUCCAGUCCAAAGCCAUGAACGAGGCCUCUCACUCCCACCUGGGAAUGCUGGUCUUCAGGGAGGAGAUAGAAACGCACCUUCAUAAACAGGCGUACAGGACAAACAGCGAGGCUGCUGGUUAGGGUGCCACUGCACCACAGCCAGCACUGCGUAUUCAGCCUUAAUUCCAGCGCCAGCUGCAGUGCCUCUUUCAGGGAAGACGUGUCUAUUUUUCAUGUUCUUUCUGACGUUACUUUAGCUUGAUACAAGAAAACAAAGGUUUCAGUGCAAAGCCUCUGUUCUCGGAGAAUACUGCACUAUGAAAUAAUUGACAAAUGAGAUCUGGUGUUUGUCCCAAAAGUAGCUUUGAGUUAGUUUCUACGCUGUACCCUGUUCUGCUUGCAUGUGGGAUUUCAUGUUGCCCCGGAUGCAGGGGGUGGCGGGAUGAGAUGUGCUGGGCUGAGGGAGGGUCAGGUGCCUCCCUUCCCUGUGGGAAGACAGUCUUACAGGAGUAGUGUUCACCUGCCAGCCGCCAAGCUCAUCAGCUAGGUGUCUAAAUAAAGUGCUCUGGUUGGCUGAAGAGUCCUUUCGCACUGACGCAGAGAUAAUUAAAUGGCACCUGUAAAUCCCCAACCAGUCAAGAGAAAAGAAAAAUCAAAACCCCUGAAUGUCUUUCUCAAUGAAUGAGUAAUAAUAGGAAACAGGUUAGAGCCUGUGGCUUAAAUAAACAUACAACUAUAACAUCAUGUUCAGGAUUAAUGGUCACAGUUGCAGUAACUGUUGAACAAGCAGAAAUAAACACAGAAACAUUUUUAACAGCUUUUAAUUAUGAUGGCGUACAAGAUAUUAGCAGUGUCUCAGAACAUCAGUUUACGUGAGUGAGCUACACCAGGGCCUUCCCAAGGUGGCUUGGGAUAGAUACUAUAGUGUGAUUUUGCUUGUUUUUCGCUUUGUAUUGUCUCAUUUAGCAUGGAUCCAUAUAUAUUUAUUAUCCUUUAUUUUAACUAAUAUAUAUGUACUUGCAUUAUUACAAUAGUGAGUUGAAAGAAUGUCACUGAGGCGAGGAAAACAAUGUAAUGAGAUCUACUGUAAGAGAACUGAUUUGAGGAGAGAGAAGAUAGUCUGAACUGAAAUCUGAACUAUAGAAUAUUUUAGAGAAAUGUAUUACUUGCCUAUAGAAAGAAUGUUGUUUUAAUUGGGGUAUAAACUACAGACAAAAUGAAUAAGAAAAUAUAUUCAGAUAGGACUGUACUACAUUAUUUAUCACUCGCGGCUCUUUUACCACUGGGUCAGUUGCUUGAUCCAGAAAA